CCUCUUCACUCCCUCCUUCACCUAGCUCCCUUAUUCACAAUAUACCACUAUGGCGGAAACGGCGAAUGUCAUUGCCCAGUUUUACAACGAGGAGGGAGUCGCCUCAGGACCCGCCCUCAGUCUCCCAGUCGAUGUGAACCCAGAGCAACUCGCUCUCCUCCUUAACAGCCUGCUCGGCAACGAAGAAGACCCUCUGCCAUAUACGUUUGAGGUAGCCGAAACAGAAAUCGCUACUACUCUGGAUCAGGACAUCAUCCAACCCGGAAAGCACUCAACCGAAGAGACCUUCAAAAUCCUCUAUCGCCCUCAAGCUGUUUUCCGUGUCCGCGCCGUCACCCGAUGCUCCUCCUCCCUCGCUGGUCACACCGAUGCCAUCCUCUGCGUUUCAUUCUCGCCCUGUGGGACCAUGCUCGCUAGUGGAGGCGGUGAUACCACCGUUCGGAUCUGGGACCUCAACACCGAGACGCCACAGCACCAGCUUAAGGGACACAGGCACUGGGUUCAGCAUGUAUCAUGGUCACCCAAUGGCAAAUACCUGGCUUCCGCAGGCAUGGAUGGACUGGUAAUUCUUUGGGAGCCCAGGACAGGAAAGCAGCAUGCGAUCUUGAAGGGACACUCCAAAUGGGUCAGCGCUUUAGCAUGGGAGCCCCUACAUUUGAAUGCAUCCUGUAGAAGACUUGCCUCAUCGUCCUCGGACGGCACUGUACGUGUGUGGGAUGUGGUCAAGAAGCAGCUCGAGUUCUCGAUGGCGCAGCAUACCGCACCAGUGAUGUGUGUCAAAUGGGCAGGCGACGGGUUGAUCUAUUCAGCAUCAAGGGAUAAGUCAAUCAAAGUCUGGGCAUCGAUGGGCGAUCAUCCAGGAAAACUGGUAAAGGCGCUUACGGGACAUGCGCACUGGGUCACAACACUGGCAUUAAGCACGGACGGAGUCCUGAGGACAGGAGCGAACGAUCAUACGGGAAAGAUUUACAAGGAUGAAAAUGAGGCACAGAAGCGCGCGUUGGAGCGGUAUGAAAAGGCGAUCGCAUUGAAUCCGGAGAGGUUAUGUUCUGGAUCCGACGAUUUCACGAUGUACUUGUGGCCGAACUUUAAGGAAGAGGUCGAUGGAAAGAAGGCCACACCCAAGAGGAUGGUGGGACAUCAAAAGACCGUCAAUCAUGUCAGCUUCUCGCCCGAUGGACGGUACAUUGCUUCUGCUAGCUUUGACAAGUCAGUGAAGCUUUGGGACAGUCGCGACGGAAAAUUUAUUGCAUCGCUUCGUGGACAUGUUGCAGAGGUGUACCAGGUUGUAUGGUCAAGCGACAGCAGAAUGUUACUUUCCUGCAGUAAGGAUAGCACGAUCAAGCUAUGGGAUGUUAAGACGAAAAAGAUGAAGAUGGAAUUGCCAGGGCAUCUUGACGAGGUAUUCACAGUCGACUGGAGUCCGUCAGGUGAUAAAGCAGCCAGUGGAAGCAAAGACAAGACCUUAAAGAUCUGGAAAUACUAAUUGGCUAAUUGUUAGCCAUGUAAUAAAAUAACCGUCAGCAUUUGCAAGC